AUGGCUAGGGAGUGCAAAACAUCAGCCCUAGUUAGUAAUGCACUUAGAAUCAUGGGAACUGUUCUAGAGGUGAAUGAGCCUCCUAGGGCAAGAGUCUUUGACAUGUUAGUGAAGGAUUCUAUCCAAGAUGCUGAUGUGGUGACAGGUACGCUUAACGUAAACUCUUUAAAUGCUAAGGUGUUAAUUGAUUCCGGAGCUACUAGAUCGUUUAUUUCUCAAGCUUUUGUUGAUAAGUUGAAUUGUCCGGUUGAGUUGUUGAAUGAGGUUAUGAAUGUAGAGCUAGCUUAUCAGGAUCGUAUUCCUGUUGACCGAGUUUGUCCAGAUUGUGAGGUUGAGAUCUUAGGAUAUAAGUUUUGUGCCGACUUGAUACCUUUCAAGUUGGGAGAAUUUGACGUGAUAUUAGGAAUGGAUUGGUUGUCUAAGCAUAAUGCUUAG